GUCCGUUAUCUCGUGUAAUAGAAAAACUGCAAAUUAURCAUUAUAUUGUAUGAUCGAAUUAUACGUAUGCGACAAUCAGUCAGUUUAUAAUCGAUUUAAAGUUAUAUAUAUAUGUAGAAUUUUCGAAAACAUAUAACGUAAGCUCAACUGGAACUUCGGAAAUACACAAUAGUAACUUAUUUUUUGCUUUUACUCAAUACCACAUUUGGAAUUUAAGUAUUCCAAAAUGUUUGGAACUUCUCAAUAUUUGCUGUGUUCAGCUACAUUACUGUUAUCGUUUCUCGUUACUACUGCAUCAGCUUUAAUUCAAUCACCACCAAAUAUUAUUAAAGAGCCUUCWGUUUUUGAGCUAUUAUUUCAAGURGCUACUGAUCAAUAUUCUAACGAUAAACCAUUUAUAAUUGAUUGUGAAGCAGAAGGAGAGCCUGCUCCAAAAUAUCGAUGGAUGAAAAAUGGUAAGAACUUUGAUUGGCAAGCAUAUGAUGACAGAAUAUCUCAACAGCCAGGCAGUGGUUCGCUCAUAAUUAUCAAGCCUAGAGAUGAAGAUUUUGGACAGUAUCAAUGUUUUGCUGAAAAUACUUGGGGUAUAGCUACUUCUAAAUCUGUGAUGGUUGUAAAGGCUGAACUAAACUUAUUCAACAAUGAACCUAAUCUUUAUAUUGAUGCUCCAGAAGGUGAGCCAUUUAAACUGAGUUGUCAUCCUCCGACUGCAUGGCCCAAGCCAAUUGUUAAUUGGCUGAAAACAACUAAAGAUGGAACGUUAACAAUUGUUKACAACAGUAGAAUGACGAUAGACCCAGAGGGUAAUCUUUGGUUUUCAUAUGUAACGCAAUCUGACGCUAGCUUCAAGUAUUAUUGUUAUGCUAAAUCAAUGAUAAUGAAUGAAUAUAAAUAUGGUGAUCCUGUAAAUAUAAAUGUUAUUCAAACUGUUGGGACAUUUUUAAAAAACAAACACCCACCUAUUCAACAAUAUGUCACCAGAAGGAAUGAAGUAGCAGUGUUGAAUCAAAAAGUUGAAUUGUUUUGUAUUUAUGGUGGAACUCCAUUGCCCCAAACGAUUUGGUUCAAAAACGGAAAGACCAUACAAUUYAAUGAACGGAUUACCCUAGAAAAUUACGGAAAAACUUUGAUUAUUAAGAACAUAAAUUUUGAAGAUAGAGGAAAAUACACAUGUGAAGUUAGCAAUGGCGUGGAGUUACCCGAAUCGUAUAAUAUUGUGCUCGAUGUCUUGGCUGUCCCGGUUUUCACUGUAAUUCCACAAAUUGUGGAAAGAGGYGAAGGAGAAACUGCAGUUGUUAAAUGUGAAGCAAGUGGCAAUCCACAACCUUCGAUCAAAUGGAUUCAUAACGGUCGACCACUAAGUGAAGCAUCGCCGAACCCAAGACGCUCUGUCACUUCAAAUUCUAUUACAAUCUCAGCAUUGACCAAAAACGAUACUGGAAAUUAUGGUUGUAACGCUACGAACAGUAUUGGAUAUGUUUACAAGGAUGUUUAUAUUAAUGUAUUAGCUUUGGCUCCUGAAAUCGCUGAACCUUCACAAAAUGUAAAAACUUUUGAAAGUAGUACUACAACUGUAAUCAGAUGUAAUCCAUCUGGAGUACCUAAACCACAUACAAAAUGGACAAGAAAUAAUAUAGAAUUAACUGGUGGACGAUACACAACAUUGGAUAAUGGCGAUUUACAAAUAAGGGAAGUUAGUUUUACUGAUACCGGAAUUUAUACUUGCAUCGCUACUAAUAAUUACGGAACGGCAAAUGCAUCAAGAACACUUACUGUUAAAGAACAUACGAAAAUCAUCACUGAACCUGAAGACAAUGUGGUUAUUGCUGGUUCAAUGGCGACAUUUUAUUGUGCAGCAAUUGCGGAUCAUUCUCUGCAGCUUGACAUCGUCUGGUUGGCCAAUAAUGAACCUAUAGAUUAUGACACCCAACCUCGUUUUGUUAAAAAUAAUGAUCAUUCUAUGACUAUAACUAAGACUAUUGAAUUGGACUCUGGGAUUUAUACAUGUUUAGCUAAAACUGAGCUGGAUCAAGUCUCGGUUAACGCCACCCUUAUUGUUCAAGAUAAACCAAAUCCACCAACAGUAUUGGAUAUUAAUUGUAAUAAAAAAAACGCGGUUGUAAAAUGGCAAUCAAACGGAGAUAAUCGUGCACGAAUCAUACACUACAUUGUUGAGUAUAAUACCAGUUUUGAUCCUGGCACCUGGUUAGUUGCAUCAGAUAAUGUACCUGCAUCUAAUUUCGAGUUAACUGUACCAAUGACACCGUGGGCAAAUUUUACAUUCCGUGUGAUUGCGAAGAACAAAAUUGGAAAGUCGAAUCCAUCUUUACAUUCAAGGGUUUGUACCACACAGCCAGAUGUACCUUAUAARAAUCCAGAAAAUAUUGAAGUUUGUAGUUCUAAACCGUCUAACCUUACUAUUAGCUGGRCACCAAUGCCAAAAAUCUGUCAUAACGCUCCUGGCUUAAGAUAUCGAGUUUAUUGGAAACAAAAUAUGCYUGGCGAAGUCUGGAAUUCAAAAGAAACAGAGAAUUAUACUACAAAUGAAUUAGUUAUCCUAGAUCAACCGACAGACAAACAUUAUAAAGUAAAAGUAAUUGCAUUUAACGUAAGGGGUGAAUCUAUCGGAUUUCAAAAAGAAGUUAUUGGACAUUCAGAUGAAAAUAUUCCAGUUGAUGCACCUCAAAAUCUAACUGUUUUAAAUGUUACUGGUAGUAACAGUGCUAUAUUGAGUUGGGAAGCUGUUUCGCCCGAAUCUGCUAACGGAACCUUUAAAGGCUACAAAAUCCAAUUUUGGAGUGAUAGAGAUGGGGAAAAUAAUAUGAUUGAAGAGAUAGUUAGUUUAAAUAGAACAGAAGUUGAAAUUAAGACGUUUUUUCCUAAUGCUAAACAUUUYGUGCAUAUUUUUGCAUACAACAACCAUUUUAACGGACCACGUAGUAAAUCAAUAUCUUUUGAUACACCCGAAGGAGUCCCUGGGCCAGUUCACGGAGUAGAGGCUGAACAAUGGGGCUCUUCAGCAAUUUUAUUAAGUUGGCUACCACCAGACGAACCGAAUGGAGUAUUAACAGGUUACGAGAUUUCUUAUGAAUCAAUGACUCAACAAGGCGUAGGAGAAAGGGCGAAACGCCCGUCCAUUACCGAUCCUAAACAGACUACUGCCAAGUUGGCUUCAUUAAAACCAUCAACUAACUAUCGAAUUUACAUCCAAGCUACUACAAAAGCUGGUGUUGGUAAACCAUUUUUUAUUGAACAGCAAACCAAAUCUCCCUUACCAAUAGACACUGAACUGGAUAAGCCAGAGUUCAAUUAUGUCCACAAAGCAUAUAAUAAAUUGUUUGAUACAGUUCGUAUUAUCUGGAAACCAAGCCUUAAUAGAAACCCUGGAUCUCACUUCUUUGUGAAAUACAAGCUUGAUGGUGAUUAUUUGUACGAAGAAACUAAACAUGAAAUCGACAAGAAUUUUAUUGAUGUAAAGGGUUUGAAACGAGGACAGUUGUAUGAAUUUAUUGUAGUUGUUGUAGAUGGAUAUACCAUAAAAGAAUCAGAUAUUGUUGAAAUUGAAGCAUCAAGCAAUGUAGCUGGUAUCACUGCGGAGGAUGAAGAAACAACUGAUAAUUUUUAAAUCCAUUCAACCUGAAAUCAAUUAAAAAAACACAAAUAUAUUUCAAUUCGUGGAAUAUCUAAGUGAUUUAUAGUCGCUUUAGUGGCAAGAAUAUGCAUAACAAGCGACCUGCCAUUGAUUGAUUAUAUUUUAAAAAAUAUUCUAUACAUACUUAACCUAUCGGCUAUCAACCUAUUACCUACUUUUGUAAUAUUAAAAUAAAUUCUUGUAUGUUGGCGAGCGCAGGACAUCUAACUGUAUUUAUAGACUAUAUAAUGAUAAACAACAUUCAUGAAAUCAUGAAAAUAGUAAUUUUUAAGGACUCGAUUAGGUUUGUGCACCAUAAACCUACUUUUAUGGGAAAUAAUUUCAAGGUCGAUUUUAUCAAAUUGUUUUAAAUUUUAUGAGCAGGUUUGAUGAUACUCAGUAGGGCCUACCUAUUUGUGACUUUUUUGUGCGUUCAUACAUAUUAUUUCCAAAAGCGAUCGGCUUAGG